AUGCAGCAGCCUGAAAGCCAGCGGACAACUCAGCGAACAACGGCAGAAGUACUGGAUCCAGCAGCUCACUACCUGCGUCGGAGGAAAACUGCUCUGUGGGUGACGGUGUCCCUGCUGGCUCUGGCUCUGGUGGUGCUGGCUGUGGGUCUGAUCUCUGCUACUCGCACGGACAACGUGCCUGUCGCUGGAUAUUACGCCGGCAUCACCCUGAGUUUUGGAGCUUUUCUGGGUAUUGUUGGCAUCCACCUGGUGGAGAACCGCAGACCCAUGCUGGUGGCAUCGAUCAUAUUCAUCAGCUUCGGAGUCAUUGCGUCGUUCUUCUGUGCCAUUGUGGACGGGAUCAUCGCUUCAGAGUUCAUCGACAUAAGGCCCUUGCAGGAGGACAUGUGUGACUUUUACGCCAGUGGAGCAGGUUACGCCUACGACAACUACUAUACUGAGGUGAUUCAUGCAACAACUGCAUCUAGACCUCUCACGCUGCAGGUGACGUGCCGUUCGUUUGACAAAGCGUGCAAGCUGAAGCUGAGGAGCAACACCUGCUACUGCUGCUACCUGUACAACUGUGCGAGCACAGAGUUCCACACACAGUACUACGCGUUCACCGGGGUCAGCGGCUGCUGGGAUGUGAUCCACCUGCACCGUCUGCUGUGGGCCUCAGUGGUGCUCAACGUGCUCGGCCUGUUCCUGGGCAUCAUCACUGCCGCCAUUCUCGGAGCGUACAAGGACAUGCAGAAGCCGACUCCCCAGGUCGCUGCCAGCCCAACACCGCCACCCCACAUCCUGUACAACCCCACCCAGCACAUGGUCACCUACCCUGGCUUCUGCCCUUCAGGACAAACUCUGCCCGCCUACCCCAACUAUCCAAUAAGCAUGCAGCAUAACAGCAACUAUCAGCCCCCUGCUACUCCCCAGAUGGUCCCUGAGGGAGGUACAGCCUCUAACUCCUGCCUGUCUGAGGAGAACCAGAGCCAGCAGCCCUCUCAGACUCAGCCUCAGGGAGCCACCCAGGAACCAGGGGGCUACAUGCUGACACCCAACGCUCCAGCCCUCUACGGAUCCGCCUACAGCCCCUUUGAGAAACCGCCACCUUACGCCUGCUGA